AGCCCCUUCCUUGUCAACUGCAGCCCUUGGCUGCUUGACUAAGCAAUUCCCCGGUCUCCACUCAGCCCAAAGCACAUGGACCAAUGAGAUUGUGUGCCUGGCCUGGUGACCAUCAGCGUCAAAGUGGUCGGCUGCUCAGCCCGUUGAAGCUCGGCGACCGCGACAAAUCAAUCAUUCAAUCCUCCCCUGUUGCGACCAAAUUCAGCCUCGACUCAACCGCGCCGCAUCGAGUCAAAUCACACAAUCCGAAACCCACACACGCUUCCGCGCAAAGAAUAACCACACACACACCCCCACCUUUGACGAACGAAAAAAUCAUGGGCGAGAACCAAGCGAAUGCCGCCAACACGGCGCAAGGGCCGGCUCCGACAAUGCAAAUGUACAGAGAGGAACAAGUCCGCCUGCGCCAGAUGCUGGAUAAGAGAGCAGUGAUAGCUAGGAAGCUUGCCACCAUCGAGGCCGACAUUGAGCAAAAGGAGACGGCCUACCUCGACAGCACGCCAAACGGUAACAUCAUUGCCGGCUUCGACAACUACAUCAAGGGCUCCGGCGCGGCCGCCCAGCGGCGCAAGGCUGGCGCCACGGAGCAGAACCGUGUUUUUUCUCGCAGUUCGGUGUCGUAUCGUCCUGGCAGUGAAGCCACGACGCCUGGCUCAACUCCCGCUUCGCAUGCGCCGACUCCCUUGUCGACGUCCUUCAAGGACGGUGGCGGCUCGAACCACGCGACGCCAACCUCUGCGACGGCAUCGAAAUCCGGCAAGAAGAAUAAGAAGCAGACCGAAGAGGACAGCGAUCACGACUCUCAAGCGCCGAACAAGAAGCGCAUCAACUUUGGCGCUGGACGCAAGUGAGGACAGCAGGCUCCAUCCCCAUAUGUUGGAUGAAUUGGCACAGAAUGAUGUUACGAAACUUUUCUGGGUUUAAGGCAAUUUUGUUUCGCGUAUUGCUGAGGCGACUUCUUUCUGCGUCACAGCGGUUGCAAUCUUCGUAGGCUCUCGAGGACCUCUUGCGAUUGUGACGUUGAGACCAAGGAAGCUACUUACCCAGCACCGCUUACUUUCAGACUUAUAUGUAUAUAGUUCAUGCCUAGGCGACAAGUGUAGAAAGCUUGGCCUUGAAGGCAAAAUUGUUGGUGGGAGUUGAGGAGUUCCGGAACCACGAUACCCCAAAGGGCUUUCCAGUAGGAAACCUUAUCCCAAUCACAAAGUGUUGGGCAAUACAUUGUGGCCCAUUGGCUCUUUUUUCAUCCAAUU